GCUCUUCACGGCACUCGUUUUGUUCACUACUCGCUCAACCACAAUUUCUUAGCCGUCAUCUCCUUGACGAGAACAUUACUGUUAUUGUCACUUCUUAUUAUGAGGCCUCACUCUUUGUCGUGCAGAAAGAGCGCCAUCAACCACUCCAUUCCGUGCACUCGCUCAUGACGUCGCCGUUUGAAUUCUCCGUAUCUAUCCGCGACCACAUCAAGGGCCCUGCGCCUCUCCAACUGGCAACGUAUCUCGACUUGGGCAAUAAAGAUCACCCAGAAACCAUCUACUGAGCCCAUGCACGCCGCGCCCAUUUUUCUCCGACUGACUGAGCGUUGCCUCGAUACUCAUGGCGGCGUCCGCGUUUAGGGCAAAAGCUCUGGUGAUAGCGAAGGACACAUGCUCUGAACAUCUCCGGGGCCUGAGUAGCACCGAUGGAUUUGAACUCAAUGUUGGAUUCAAUAUACAGACGCUCUCAGAUAGGCAUGCGUGGAAUGAUGACGGCAUUGUUGCACUUCUCUAUGUACCCGAACUGGCCCCAGAUGAUCCGUGCGAUCGCGAAAGCAAAAUCGCGGGAGGCAUCCCUUCAAAUGUUACGCGAUUUAGUGAUCUCCCUCAGUACAAAUGCGUCUAUGUCGCGGUUGCCCCUUGGGUGUCUGCUCCCUGCUCAGAGUCCUUUCUCUCCCAAGCAGGUCAAGAUGGAGUUGCAGCGAUGAUUUUUUACCGUCCUGACCAAACAACUUCGAAACCGCCACCUGUGGAAGAUCGCGGUUGGGGUCUAGAUGACGCCGAAUGGGCGUCUAAGCAAGAGUUCCCUGUGUAUGCUGUACCAGGGGCAUUUGGGUCCAGUUUAAUGAACGAGCUAGCACGGUAUUCUGGCAACAUAAGCGAUGCUCCACAUGGUGACCGGCUGUCAAGGCUUUAUAGUUCGAAUGCAACAGCUAGGGUUUACGGUUUAAUUGCUCUAGAAAAUAAGAGAGACACGCUUCCAGGUCUAUGGGUCUUCCUUCUCGUGGUUCUUGCAGCUUUGGUCGUCGUUGUUGCAGGGUCAUCUAUCGUCAUGAAGAUCAUUCAGCACCGCCGACGUGUUUCGCUACGAGAAAGAAUUACAUCCGGAGAUGUGGAUCUAGAAAUGCUUGGGAUCAAAAGGCUCAAAGUCCCACAACAUGUUCUUGACAAAUUGCCUCUCUAUACCUAUGACAAAGAUGGCCACCCACCCGCAGCGGAUCCCGCGGCACCGGAUCCAGCUGUCGUGUGUACAAAACCCAGAGAAGAACCCACUAAUCCCAAAAAUUCAGCCACAUUAGCUGUGCCAGAAAGUACUGAACCAAUUCCACCUGUCAGUCCUACAACCUACGAACGUCAGAAGUCGACUUUUUCCCAAACAACUUGUCCUAUCUGCCUUGAUGACUACGUUUCAGGAGAAUCCAUUAUAAGAGAGCUUCCGUGUCAACAUAUUUUUCACCCGGAAUGUAUCGAUGCUUUCCUCCUGCAAAACAGUAGCUUGUGUCCUGUAUGCAAAAAGACAGUGUUUCCUCCGGGUUAUUGCCCCGAGAUGGUUACGGAUGCUAUGGUUCGCCAGGAGCGUUAUGCUAGAAGAUCACGUCAGCAAAGAUCCGGCCAAGGCACGAUGCUGGCUAAUCUCGGGCCGUUGAGCCGGACGCGGUCCAGGCGUCGUUUUAUCCACGGCAGUUUUGCGGGCCAGUUAGGGUCCUUACAAUCUGCUGACGUUCGGACUGAUAGAGCGAAUGAUGUAGAAGCCUCUCCGCCACCUCAAACUCCCGCCGCAACCAGCGGACUCGGUCGUCGGGAGGAAAUGCGAAGAAGAGCUGUGGCGAUGUUAGGAAAUCACCGUAUGGCUGAAGAUGAAGAAAGGGAGCGAGAUGCAGCAAGACCAAAAUGGCUUAAAAUCUUCCAUACUGUAUUCCCCGCAUUACGAUAACCCGGCAUGGUUUCUACAGCGGCAAGCUUACGAAUUAACGUCAACGGAGGGCUUUGGAACAUCAAGGACUCCCCGAUAUCCUCCGAGUAUUCAUCAAGAAUACCCGGGUCUACACCAGCCACGUCACUGCGUGUCUUUGGCUUCUGAUUGAUUGAUACCCUUUUUCUGUUAAUCCGCGUUGGGAUGUACAUGAGUUCAAGUUUCUGUUAUUUUCUUUUGAUCCUCGAUCAUUUUGCAACGGGACAUG